GCCGCCGGGCCCUGGGAAGCCGCCCUCUUCGACCGGGUGCUGCAGCGCGCCGACUGCCUGCAGCACUGCUUGGGGAGCCGGCUGGGCGCCGCGCCCUCCGCGCACCGCGCCAGCCUUGUCAUCCAGCGGGACUUCGAGCGGAGAGAGCCCUACAACUACCUCCAGGUGGCUUUCUUCCAGCUGAAGAAACUGGACCAGGCAGUCUCUGCUGCUCACACGUUUUUUGUCGCCAAUCCCCAACACCUCCAGAUGCGUGAGGACAUAGAGAAAUACCGGCGUAUGUCAGGGGUGAAGUCAGACAAUUUCCGAGACCUGGAGGCCACACCACACUGGGAAGCAUAUGAGGCCGGUAUGCAGCAUUACAAUGCAGAUGAAUAUCUGCAGGCUGUGGACAGACUGGAGGAGUCACUCAGAGAGGCACUGUCAGCACUUGAAGAGUGUCGUGCUCUGUGUGAACGGCCACUGGAGGAUGAAGAGGUGGAGGAGGAGGAAGAUUUGCAGCCUGGCCUGUAUGAAGCUAUUGCAGCCCAUUACAUUCAGGUGUUGAAGUGCCGACAGCAGUGCGUCCUUGAAAUUGCCACAAAGCCAGGGUGGAUUUCUGCCACAGAAGAUUUCAUACCGUCUCAUCUCGAUUUACUGCAGUUUGCAUAUGACCAAGUUGGGAACCAGGCAUUGGCUGCUGAAUGUGCUGCUUCCUACUUGCUCUUUUAUCCCACGGAUGAGCCAGUAUUGGAGAAAAUGAAACAGUACCGUGCAGAACUUGGAGAAGAUACAGCUGUCACAGCAAGAGAGAAUAUUCGUCAUUAUGUGCAGAGAUCUGUGAUGGAGAAGAAAUUGAUUUACUAUGCCAUGGAACAUCUAGGAGGAACUUUUAAUGACCCUGAUCUUUGGACUCCAGAUGAGCUGAUUCCUGAAAACCUAAAGCAAAAAUACAGAGAGGAUCAGGAGAAGCAAAAGCAGGAAACUCUGGAUAUGGAAGAGAGAGGGAAGAGAGGUUCGUUGCCUUUUGAGGGUAUCACAGUCACCAUGGAUUCCCAACAGAUGAAUGGAACCCAGAGGGUUGUGUUUGACAGAGUCCUGACGGAGUCUGAGUGUAAGGACUUGCUCCGGCUGACAAAGGCAGCAAGAGGAACAGGAGAUGGCUAUCGAGCAAGACGGUCCCCUCACACUCCACAUGAGAGAUUUGAAGGGUUAACCAUUCUGAAGGCCAUGCAGCUAGCCCAGAGUGGGGACGUGGACUGGAGAGAUGCCAAAUUGCUUCUGCAGGCCAGUGAAAAAUCACGGAAAAUCAUAGAAUCCUAUUUCACUCCUGGAAAGAAACUGCAUUUCUCAUUCACACACCUUGUGUGCCGCACAGCAAUAGAAGAAGAGCAGGAAGGUCGCAUGGAUCUCAGUCAUCCUGUCCAUGCUGAUAACUGUCUGUUGGAUCCUGAGGUGAAAGAGUGCUGGAAAGAGCCACCUGCCUAUGUCUACAGGGACUACAGUGGCAUUCUCUACCUCAAUAAUGACUUCCGAGGUGGGAGCCUUUUCUUCACUGAAAUGGACGCUGUGACUGUCACGGCUAACGUGCAUCCUAAGUGUGGGAGACUUGUAGCCUUCAGCUCCGGCAAGGAGAAUCCCCAUGGUGUGCAGGCAGUGAGCCAAGGCAGGCGCUGUGCCAUUGCUCUGUGGUACACGCACUCCGCAGAGCAUGCUGAGCAGGAGCGGGUGAAGGCAGAAGAGCUGAUGGAGCAGAGAGCUGUGGAAGAGAACCAGCCCGAUGGAGAAGGAUAUCAUGGGGCUGAUCACAGCAGCAGAUCCUUCCCAGAGGCUCUUGUUCCCAGUGGUGGAGCCAGGCCUACGAGCCAGAGGCACAAGUCUGUCUCAGAAAGGACGCAGUACCCCAAGGAGCUGCGGGCCAGAGAUGAGUUCUAAGUACAUGGGGUCCUGGGCAGGACUGGCACACAGUGGGUUCACAGGUCUUGGUAGUAGAGGGACCACAGAGGCCUGGAGCGGUUUAUUAGCAUGCUAGAGCCAUAGUGAUGGGGAGGGAAUGCAGAUUUCUUGUCUGUGACUGCCCAGCAGCUGAAAAAUGGUAGCAGGAACAGAGUACUAAAGCUAGAUACACUGGGAUCUUUCUUCAGUGCCCUGACAAUAUGUUUGUGUCGUUCAGAAGUAGGAAAGCAGGCCCCCUUGCCAGAUUCCUCUCAGAACAAGCUUCUUGGUCCUCUGGGGCCAAAGCCAAGAGUGCUAGGGGAAGCCUGGAGACUUUGAUGAGCAAGGGCUGUCUCAUGUUCAGGAAUUCAAAGGAGAAGCCUCUGGAUUUCCUUGGCGCCUGCAAACCUUGAAAACCUCGAGACUGGCAUGCACAAGGGAAGAUGAGACACUGUGAAUAUAUGAAAUAAAAGGAAAGUGCUGGACAAAUGUA